ACGAUUUCAACUAUCAUUCACGUACAAUUGAAUCCAACAAGAUAUGCCUAACAUUGAAAACAAACAAUUAUUUAUUUUUUUUCUAUCAAUAAAAUCAUCGUUACAUAUGUGACGACCAAUACGUUAUGUUUUGGUAACAUCAGCGUUAAAUUAUUAUUUACAACAAUUUACUUUCAUAGAAGAAACUGUUUUAUAUUGGUUUUGUACAAAAACUAUUUCAAAAAUGGCAAAUUACCCGAGCAUGCGAUUUUGGCCUGGACCUGAUCUUCUGCUGAAAGAUCUCAUUGAGAAAGAAGACAAAUUGAAUGUGCAUCACGCCCUGGAAAUGUGCGAAAGAGCCAAAAUUGACGCAUUCCAGAUCAAAAAGAGAGCAUUGUUGCGCAGGGCAGGCUUAAAGACGCCUGAAAUAGAUAUCGAGCGGUACUCCAGCGUAUCGAAAUCAAGCGACUACAAAACUCAUUCGCAAGUGGCUCAGAGUCAGGCCAGACCUAGACAGGACCCCUUCAGCGCCAAAGAAGAAGUCACAUUCGGAAAACUAUCCGGACCAGAUAAGAGGGGAGGAGGAGGGGGCGGGUGGGGAAGAGAAAAAACAAGCAUGGAUGGGAUAAUGACAGGCCGGUAUUCUAAAGGGAACUACAGAGGGGGUCACGGGGAGAGUGCUAUGGAGCAGUCGGGGGAGAAUUUGAACAGAUACAAUUCAUUACUUUCAGGAGCAAAGGAGUUGGAUCAUUUCGACAGUCUGAUAUCUUAUCCCGAAAGUGAAAAGGCCACAAAAGACACCAGCAUGAUCAAGAAGAGAAAGCCACAAUCACACCACAAAAAUGAUACUCGAAAAUACAAACCCAGUACAAACUUACACUUAGUGGCGGCUAAAAAUAUGCAGAUUGAGCCAAAAGAUUUGUUCAAAUUGAAAAGGUUCACAAAAGUCAAAGCUAGAACCGACCAUUCUUGGAGCUGAUAAAUUAGAAAAUUUUGGUUUUAACAAGGUAGCUAACGCAGUAACCAUGUAAAAAAGCAUGAACUAA